AACCAGAGUGGCAUAUUCACAAAUCCUUAACAUGAAGAUCCUAUGUGCAUGUACGAAAAGGUCCCCAAAUGCCAUACAUUCAGACUCUCAAACCACCCCUUCCACGACCCCGCAUCGAGUUGGUGCUCGUACCCCGCCAGAUUUCUGAAAUCCGAUCAUCGGCCCGUCGAUCAGCUGCUUCUGUAUGUGCACUCGGCACUCGCGACGUUCUCAGCCUUUCUCAAAUCCAGCCGUCAUCAAGAAAUCCUAUAUCGUCUUGAAAACUUUCACAUUCCUGCGCCAUCGUUGGGAAAGAAAUACAUCCCGUUGAAAUGGCUGCUCUUCCUCACACCGACGACCUUCGUAAGCUUUUCAACAAACUCAUCGAUGGCUCUCACAUUCUUCACUUCCACCAGGUCGUAGACGCCUACGGUCACCUGUCUUUCCGCUAUCCUUUGGAUCCUGGCAUCUUCGUGAUGUCUCGGAAUGUUGCCCCAGCUCAGGUGUCAGGCAUCGAAGACCUUGUCGCCUACAGAGUCGGCGAUGCCGAGCCACUUGAUGCGGAGUCAUUUCCGGGCUUUGCGGAACGGCGAAUCCACUCGGAGAUUUACAAGCGGCACCCACAGGUUAACGCGGUGGCCCACAGCCACUCCGAGGCCGUGGUCCCCUACACGAUCUCAGGUGUUCCGCUGAGAGCCGUCAGCCACAUGUGCGGAUUCCUGGGCGCCGACGGCUUGCCGGUAUUUGAUACCGCAGACCACAUGGAGGACGGCGACGUUCAUGAUCUACUUGUACGUAGUGAGAAUAUGGGUGCCCACUUGGCUAAACACUUCGACGAUGGCAAUAACGUGACGUUGAUGCGUGGGCAUGGGUUCACGGUCGUUGCUAGUAGCAUCGAGCUCGCCGUGAUGCGGGCAGUGUAUACGCAGAAGAAUGCAAGCAUCCAAACUACUGCUUUGAUGCUUCAAGGUGUUACUGGAGUCACGGGCGGCGUCAAAAGUCUAAGCCAUGACGAAUGUAUGGCUUCUGACAAGACGACACAGUGGUCGUUGAUGCGACCGUGGAACUUGUGGGUUCAGGAGAUUGGAUGCAACGAGGUGUACAAGAAGGUGCUCUAACUGACAAAUAAUAUUGAGCAAACUGAGGCACUGAACUGAUUCUAAUCUUUUUUGUUGAAUUAAAGAGUAAUCGUUGUCUAAGACCUAAGACCGAUGGGGCUCUGUGCGAUCGAGGACAGUGAACCAUGAGUUGCUCUAUGUACUAGAUUUUAGAGCCCGGAGAGAGGACUACAUAAGGUAGUAACAAAGAGCAGCGGCUCUACCCAGUUGAUGGUGUAUCGCACCUCGAGGGGUUAUAA